UUGAUACUGGCAUCUUUCCCUCCUCCCCAUCUCCGAACCCUUUCUCACCCUCAAUACCACCCAUCCAUCCAAGCUAGUUGCGUGCUGAACGCAACCCAAACGUCAACAUGUCAGAAUUCUUAGGAUCUCGCAUCUCACUCAUCUCCAAGAGCGAUAUUCGCUACGUCGGCCUUCUCCAUGAAAUCAACUCGGACGAGUCCACUGUCUCUCUCGAGAAUGUCAAGUCCUUCGGCACAGAAGGCCGCAAAGGCCGUCCGAAAGAGGAGAUAGCACCUUCCGACCAGGUUUACGAAUACAUCGUCUUCCGCGGUAGCGACGUGAAGGACUUGCGCAUCGAAGAACAUCCCGGAAUCAAGGAGACCAAGCCGCCCCCGGCUGUGCCCGAGGACCCGGCUAUUGUCGGUCUCUCUCUACAGGCCCGCAUUCGCCCUGGUGCGCAACCACAGAACACUCAACCGCCCGGUCCGCAAGGCUUCGCCCAGCCUCCUUACCAAAACAAUUUCUACCCACUUCCCGGUCCCCCCGGCACAUGGGGUCCUGCUGCCGGCCGCGGUGGCCCCGGUGGCCCUGGCGGCCCUAUGGGCAACGUUGCAUACCCUCCUCCUCCUGGCUGGUACCCUCCUGGACCUCCUGGACCCCCUGGACCUCCAGGCCAGGCGUUUCCCCCUCACCCCGCUCACUGGAAUAAUUUUACUUUCCCCCCCGGUCAGCCUAUUCCCCCGAGUGCUGGACCGGGUUCCCAGCCCCCUAUCCAAGGUCAACUCUCCGGUCAGCAUGGUCAACCGGGCGGCCCCGAUCAGAAGCCCGCGGCGAUCGGUAAACCGGCCCCGAGGGAGACGCCAGCCGCACCGACCGUCCGACCGGAUUCGCGCCCCAACUCGGCUGUUCAGCAACAGCAGCAACAGCACCAACAACAACAGCAGCAGCAGCAGCAGCAGCAGCCUGGUGCACCUACUCCUCCUGUGGACUCGAAACCCUCGGCGGAGCAAGUCAAGGCCACUGCCAACGCCCUUGAGACGACAGCGGCUGCCCAGCCCUCGCAGACGCCCACCGGGCCAAAGAACCAACGAGUGAUGCCCGUCGUUCCACUGACCGCCCCGAAGCCCUUCCAGCCUCAACUCCCCGAGAGAGCGGCGCAGCAGACCCCAGCGAAGCCGAUUGCUCCCCGGUCCGCUGCCGCUAUUCGAGACGCCACCCAGGCCGCGAAGGCGGCGGUUGCCGUUGCCAUGGCCAACCUCAACGCCAGUACGGCCGCUCAGUCUCAGUCUGCGACACAGCCUCUCGCUAAUGGCGCUGGCGCUGGCGAUGGCACUGGCACGGGCACGGGCACGGGCAUGGACAACUUGAGCAAGAGGGUGCAGGAGAUGCGAGUCAACGCGGCCCGGGAUGGACGGGAAGGACGGGAUGGGCAAUCGGGACGUGGUCGUGGCCGCGGCGGGCGUCAGGACCGUCACCCGGCCAAGGUCGAAGUGCCCGCGUCGGACUUUGACUUUGCCCAGGCCAACGCCAAGUUCAACAAGGUCGAGCUGGUCAAGGAGGUUGUUGGUGGUAUUCCUCCCGCACCGGAGACGCCGGCGAGCGAUGAGCAACAGGCCGCUGACGGAGGAGAGGCCAAGGCGGCGCCGGACGCGAACGUCGUCCCCGCGUACAACAGGACCACGUCUUUCUUCGAUAACAUUUCCAGCGAGGCCAAGGACCGCGCGGAGAGCGGGGGCCAGAAGCCCGGUGGUCGGGAGUGGCGCGGCGAAGAGCAGCGCAAGAACAUGGAGACAUUCGGCCAGGGGAGCGUGGACGGGGGCUACCACAACUUCCGUGGCAGGGGUCGUGGUCGUGGCCGCGGACGAGGGGGCCGCGGGGGUCAGCGCGGCCGUGGGGGUCAGAAUGCACUUUACGUCUCUCAAAAUUAGGGACAGGAGACUACGAGGCCAACUGGCUCGACUGCGAGUCGCGGGAAUCCUCUGGCUGCAGGUCGAGGGAAGCUUCUUCGACAGGUCCCAUGACACUUUGAGUGGUUAUCGGCGAUUAGGCGGGAC